AUGGGCGCAGUGAAAAGUGAAAACCCACCACCGAACGCCCAAAUCAACCACCUCACCAUUGACGCCGGUUUCGUGCGGCAGUUCUUUGCCAUCACCGAACGCCCACAUCCACUCCCUUACCCGCCGUCGCUAACCACCACAUCACAUAGAAAAAGCGAAUUCAGAACCUGUUGUAGUGACCCCAAAAUCUUACCCAUGUCAACUGGAAUCGAUUCAUUUGAUAUUUUUUUUUGCAGGGUUUUGGAUAUACAGAACACCCUUCGAAGUAUCUUCAAUGCAUCAACAUUUGGGGUUUUAGUGCCAACUAAUAUGAAGGUGGGAUUUGGUGUUGUUUGGGAUCUUUUUGGGGCUGUCUGUUCAUCUAGACAUUCAACUACUGUGGGCUUCGAGAACACCAAUAUGCAUCAAUAAAGAAUCGUUGGCUAUCUCUAUAUUAAUGGCACUUGGACCUCUCAAUUUCUCUCUCGUUCUCUAGAUUCUAAGGAAAAUUACAGCAAUUGUUACUUUUGUCUUGCUUUCAAGUGUAAUCCCACAUAGUUGCAAAAUUCAUUUACCUUUCUUGGAUGUUUUCAUGCUCAUUUUGAAGCAAUCAUAAUUCGUAUAUUUUUGCUUUUGUUGUUCAUCAGUGAUUUUCUUUUGGUGAUUCAUUUUUCAUUUGUGAUUGAUAUCUUUGUUGUUUGCUUAUAGAUAUCAUUUUAAAUUGACAUCAAG